AUGGAGGCUGAGGGCCAGCCUUUCCUUGGCGAUUCCGGGGCGGACGGGAACGGUGAUCCGAUCAUCGAGGCGCUGGCAGUGCCACCAGAGGGCGCGGACCAGGAAGGGGAGCAGCAGUUGCAAAACGGCACUGAAGGCCAUGACAGGGAGCCGGAGCAUGCAGCGGUGCCCGAGGCGGACAACGGCGUGCCCGCUGUGCUCGAGGGCGCCGUUGCUGCUGCGCCUGAUGUCGACAUGGAGGCAGAGCCCGCGGCGCCGUUGCCGGCGCCGGCCGACGCAGCAGCCGACACGCCUUUCGCCCUGCCGCCACCGGACGCCGGGGGCGCGGCCGCGGACGCAGCGCCCGCGCCGCUCCCCGCCGACGGCGCCGAGGCCGCGCCCGCCGCGCCCGCGGACGCCCCCGCUGGCGGCGCCACGGACGCGGGGCCGCGCAAGCGGCGCCACGUCUGGGGCCCGCCCGCCAAGGGCGAGUUCCUGACCCUGGAGGAGCUGCAGGCCCAAAAGAAAAAGAAGAAGAAGAGCCGGUGGGAGUCCACCGAGGACGACAUGCAGCUCGCGCUGGUGCCCGUCAAGAACGCCGCCAGCAACGCGCUCAUCAUCCCGGGCCAGAUCCCCAAGAAGGUUGUGGUGGCUGGCAUGGAGAUCACGCUGCCUGGCGGCACUGGCGGCGUGGGCCUGGGUAGUCGGGACCCCAAGGUGCUGGCGCUGCACGAGCAGCUGAAUGACAUCACGCGCAAGCUGGCUGUUGGGGACCUGGAUAUCCCGCCUGAGGGUGACCCGCGGCGCUCCCCCAGCCCAGAGCCCGUGUACGACAAGAGCGGGGUGCGCCUCAACACGCGAGAGAUCAGGGCGCGCAACAAGCUCAACGAGCGGCGGCAGCAGCUGAUGGAGGACAUCAUAAAGUCCGACCCGGACUACAGGCCGCCCGCGGACUACAAGCCCCGCAAGUUCAGCAGCAAGAUCUACAUCCCCAUCAAUGAAUACCCGGGGUACAACUUCAUAGGCCUGAUCAUCGGGCCGCGCGGCAACACCCAGAAGCGCAUGCAGACCGAGACCAACACCAAGAUCGCCAUCAGGGGCAAGGGCUCAGUCAAGGAGGGCAUAUCCCGUGACGUCAAGUAUGACUACGGGGAGGACGAGGAGCUGCACGUUCUCAUCACGGGGGACAACCAGCAGGACGGCCGCGGAGGGGCCGCAGGCCGCGCCCCAGAAAGCAGAGCCCUGCGCGCUCCGCUGCCCCCCUGA